UGUGCCCACAGCGGCCCUCACCAUGGCCCCCCUGGUCCUGCUCUGCGUCCUGCUGGGCCUGCGCGGGCCUCUGGCGGCAGUCUUCGUCACGCAGGAGGACGCCCACCGCGUGCUGGGCCGCCGCAGGCGCGCCAACUCCUUCCUGGAGGAGCUGCGGGCCGGCUCCCUGGAGCGCGAGUGCCGGGAGGAGCACUGCUCCUUCGAGGAGGCCCGGGAGAUCUUCAGGGACACCGAGCGCACGAAGCAGUUCUGGGUCUCGUACAACGAUGGGGACCAGUGCGCCUCCAACCCCUGCCAGAACGGGGGCUCCUGCGAGGACCAGCUGCAGUCCUACCUCUGCUUCUGCCCCGAGGACUUCGAGGGCCGCAACUGCGAGACAAACAAGGACGAGCAGCUGAUCUGUGCCUACGAGAACGGCGGCUGCGAGCAGUACUGCAGUGACCACGCGGGCGCCCGGCGCACCUGCCGCUGCCACAAGGGCUACACACUGCAGCCUGACGGGGUGUCCUGUGCGCCCUCAGUUAAAUAUCCAUGUGGGAAAAUCCCGGUUCUGGAGAAGAGAAACGGCAGCACCUCUCGAGGGCGAAUUGUGGGUGGCACCGUGUGCCCCAAAGGGGAGUGUCCCUGGCAGGCUGUGCUGAUGCUGAACGGGCAGCUGCUGUGCGGGGGGACGCUGGUCGACGCCCGCUGGGUGGUCUCCGCCGCCCACUGUUUCGACAGGAUCAGGAACUGGGAGAACUUGACGGUGGUGCUGGGCGAGCACGACCUCAGCCAGGAGGACGGCGACGAGCAGGUGCGGCGGGUGGCGCAGGUCGUCGUCCCCGACAAGUACGUCCCGGGCAGGACCGACCACGAUCUGGCGCUGCUGCGCCUGCGCCGGCCGGUGGCGCUGACCCCGCUCGUGGUGCCCCUCUGCCUGCCCGAGCGCGCCUUCUCCGAGCGCACGCUGGCCUUGGUGCGCUUCUCUGCGGUCAGCGGCUGGGGCCAGCUGCUGGACCGGGGCGCCACGGCGCACGUGCUCAUGGCCAUCCACGUGCCCCGCCUGAUGACGCAGGACUGCCUGGAGCAGUCCCGCAGCCGCGCCGCGCUCACCGGGAACAUGUUCUGCGCCGGCUACCUGGACGGCAGCAAGGAUGCCUGCAAGGGCGACAGCGGCGGCCCGCACGCCACCCCCUACCGCGGCACCUGGUACCUGACAGGUGUGGUCAGCUGGGGCGAGGGCUGCGCGGCCGCCGGCCACCUCGGGGUCUACACCAGGGUGUCCCGCUACACCGCCUGGCUCGCCGCGGUCAUGGGCUCCGAGGCCCGGCCCCUCCCCGGAGGCCCCCUCCUGCGGGCGCCCCUGGCCCCGCGCCCGCCUCCCACACACGCUGGGCCCCCACCCGGGCCCACCGGGCAGCUCGAGCCUGCCCGCCUGCCGGAGGUUGCCCCCCACCCGGCUGGCGCCCCCAGCACACACCUGGCCCCCCCGACCCGGCCAGCGCCCACCCCCAAGCCCAGCCCACCUUGA